AAUGAAUUUAAAGCAAGUUGAGAAGGAGAAGAAAAUAGCAGAGAUAGGUAUAUCGUCAAAUCAGCAAUCGAAUAGUGAACUAUCGAUUCAAAAUCAAUCAAUUUCAUUGAAUAUCUCCGACGAAAAUGUGACUUCCGACGAUAUCUUAGAUGAAUCUUUUGCCUUAAGGCAACUAUUUAACGCUGACAAUGAAACUCGAGUAGCUUCACAGUAUUUUAAAAGAGAUUUUCCAUCUUCUGAGGGGGGUAUUGGGUUAAAUCGCAAACCAAAAUUAGGCGUAAUCUUUGGUGUCUAUUUACCAACAAUACAGCAUAUUUUUGGAGUCCUAAUGUUUAUUAGAAUGGCCUGGAUGGUGGGCCACGGUGGUAUUUAUCAAACGUGGCUUAUGGUUUUUCUUUGCUGUUGUGCAACAUUUACCACUGCAAUUUCAAUAUCUGCAAUUGCUACGAAUGGUAUAGUUCGAGAUGGUGGACCCUAUUUUAUGAUUUCAAGGAAUAUGGGAUCGCAAGUAGGAGGAACGAUUGGAAUGUGCUUCUACUUAGCAAAUACAUUUGCGAUAAAUCUAUACGUUCUUGGCGGAAUAGAGAUAUUAUUAACUCAUCUUGCUCCUAGUCUCGCAAUUUUUGGUGAUAUGCACGAAAACCCGGAGAAUAAUAUGAGAUUUUACGGUUCUAUUAUUAUUAUCUUAAUGGCAGUAGUUGUAGGUUUUGGGGUACGAUUCGUGCAGAUGCUUGCUCCCGUAUCGCUAAUUUGCGUAGUAGUUGCAAUAGCAUCGGUCUUUGCUGGAGCUUUUGGAACUAUUUCUAAAGGCUAUUCAGAACCGAGAAUAUGUCUUGUCGGCGAUCGUUUGUUAAAUAUAAAAGUUGGUGAAAAGUGUAACUUAAGCCAAAUAGAGCAGGUUUCGUAGUCUUCCAAGAAUAAAUAAUAAAAAAAUGAUCAUUAAAGGU